UGGCAUAAGGAGCAUAUCCUUCAAAAAUUCUGAGUGUGGUCAGUAGCAGACCCAACUUCGUAACGAAAGGUGGUCAAACGAUGAUGGCGGAAAUUGUGGAUGUUAGGGAUGUUAAAACGUACAAACCUCGUUUACCUUCGCUUGGUGAUUAUAUCGGCUCGACGAAGCUAAUAUUUUUAGUUGAGAAUGAGGAAACUCGAGGAGGAGCACUUUGUAUUCAUAAAAUGAAGAUAUGUCUACGCUAACUCGGUGACCCUGGAUAUCUACAAGGUAUUGGUCAGGAACAGGUGUUAGUCAAGCAAAGGUAUCUCGGACUGUGGUUAGAGUUGUGAACAGCAUAGUUGCACAGUCGAACGGAUGGAUCAAGUUUCCAACUACCAACAAUGAACUGAUGGAGGCAAAGCGGAU